AUGGACUACCGGAUAAAAGAGCAACAACGAAUCCUCCAAAGUGUUCGCAGUGAACUGAUUGACUCAUCUGCUAAACUCAAAGAGGUCAAUGUUGUUUAUGAGGAGCUCAAUAAGAAGAUCCCUGAGAAACAAUUAGAACUGAGCGCUGUACUGGACGAGAUCGAGAGUGCGAGACGAACACUGAAGGAGCUUCGGGAUCAGCGUAAUGUGCGGAUUUUUCUUCCACAUAGGCCUUUGUACCCAAACGUCAUUGAGGUCUCGAACUCAUUUCAUGCUGCUCCUUUGAACUCAUUGCCCCUUUCAUGGGAGACUGCCAUUGAUUAUAGUCGCUGCUCCAUAACCUCUUUUAUGCCUUUGUACAUAUACCCGUUAUUGAAACCAAAUGCUCAACUAGAAGAAUUCAUGACCGAACUCCUUUCACAAGGGAAUAUUGUUUCGAAUCCAAGUAUAGCAUGUUUAUUGGUAACCCUUACCGCGGAAGAAAUUAAUAUUUCUCCGAAGAAUCAUCUUAAUGGAGGUGGAAACCAUGUUAUUAUUAAUAUAGGAAAAUCGUUUUAUCCCAAAAAUUCUUCGCUGUUGAUGGUGCAACAAACUAAUCCGCCUUUAUGGAGGCCUCUUGACUACAAUGUAUUUCUCGAAGUUCCUAGUUAUAAUGCCUCUUCUUGGCAGCAGUUAAGAUCAAUACUACCAUUUUCACGAAAGGUGAGCGAUCUUAGAGAUUAA